AUGAUGGACCUUUCCGACCUCAGGAUCUUCCGCGCCGUCGUCGCGGAAGGCGGCAUCACCCGGGCCGCCGAGCGCCUGCACCGCGUGCAGUCCAACGUCACCACAAGGGUGCGGCAGUUGGAGGCCGACCUCGGCGUCGCGCUGUUCAUCCGCGAGGGCAAGCGCCUGCACCUGGCCCCGGCGGGGCAAGUGCUGUUGGACUAUGCGGAGCGGCUCCUGGACCUGGCCGAGGAGGCGCGCGAAGCGGUGCAGGACUCGCGGCCGCGCGGCACCCUCCGCCUCGGCUCCAUGGAGAGCACGGCGGCGGUACGCCUGCCCGCCCCCUUGAGCGCCUACAUCAAGCGCCAUCCGGAGGUGAACGUGGAGCUGCGCACGGGCAACCCGGUGCAGCUGGCCCGCGCCGUUCUGGCGGGCGAGUUGGAUGCCGCCCUGGCGGCGGAGCCCAUCGCGCCGGAGCAGUUCGACCAGAUCCCGGUCUUCGAAGAGGACCUUGUUCUGAUUGCCGAGGAAAGCCAGCCGCCGAUCAUUGCGGACAGGCCUGCACCGCGCACCAUGAUCGCCUUCGAACACGGCUGCCCGCAUCGCAGGCUCCUGGAGGACUGGUACGCCGCCCGCGGAGAGACGCCGGCCCAGGUCCUCCAGCUCGCCUCCUACUACGCCAUGCUGGGCUGCGUGCUGGUCGGUAUGGGAAUCACGCUGCUGCCCAGGAGCGUGCUGGCCACCUAUCCGGAGCGCAAGCGCCUCUCUCUGCACCCCCUGCCCGAAGGCCAGGACAAGGUCUGGACCAUGCUGUUCUGGCGCAAGGGGGCGGGCCGCUUCUCUGGCCGCCUCGAUCAUGACCUCGGCGAUCAGCGCAUAGGCCGCGGCCCAGGCUUCUCUGGCGUCGUCGCUCCAGCAAUUGCCCAGACCCCUCUCAAGAGUCCACAGCAGGGCGGCGCCCACGGUGUCGUAAUGCCCUUCGGUCACGCCGUAGCCGGCGUGACGCCGCCCGAGAUCCUGCAACACCGGCAUCAGGGCUUCGGGCGCUUCAAGGCCGGCCACCACAUGGUUGAUGGCCUGCAUCAGCUUCUGACCCUGCUUUUCCAUGUCGGUCUUGGCGAAGAGGGGUUUGAGGGAGGGGUCGAUCUCGAACAGGCGGUUGUAGAACACCGUUGCCGCCGCUUCGGCGAUGGGCGUGAUCUGCCGCCAGGGGUCCCGGUCCCGGGACCCGAUGCGGGCUUUGCGGCAGGGCGGUUUCAGUUCACAGAAAAGACCCAGCCUGCGUCCCGCAGGAAGCCGGAGGGUCAGACCACUGGGUCAGAUCACUGGGUCAGACCAUUGGGGGGCAGUCCGGAACCGAUGAACCCGGAACCGAAGAACCAGGACCAUGUCGCGCAGUUCCGGGCCGAGGGCUAUGCCGUGGUCCGCGGCGUUUUCGACGCCGCCGAGGUGGCGGCCAUGGCGGCGGCCUUCGACCGCAUUCACGCGCGGGCGCUGGCCGGCGGGCGCAGCUGGCGCGACCGCAACACCUUUUUCCGGCUGGCCGACGAUCCCAAGGCCGGGCGGGUGCUGCGCCUCGCGCAGUGGCCCGGCUGGAUCGACGAAGACCUGGAAGCCGUGCGCCGCGAUCCGCGCCUGCUGGAAAUCCUGGAGCCGCUGAUCGGCCGCGACCUGAAGCAGAUCAUCAACCAGCUGCACUGGAAGCCGCCGGGCGCUGCGGCCGAGUUCGGCUUUCACCAGGAUUCGCGCUCCCGCCGGCCGCGCGAGGCCUAUCGCGAUCUCGCCGCCUCCUACGUGCAGACGGGGAUCGCCGUCGACCGGCAGAGCGCGGAGAACGGCGCCAUGGUGGUCUGCCCCGGCAGCCACCGCCUGGGGGAAUUGCCCUUCGACCCCGAGAAGCCGUCGAUGCACGAAGCGCUCGAUACCGCCGACCUCGCGCGCCUGGGCGUCGACACGGCAAAUGUCCGCACCCUGGAGAUGGCGCCGGGCGACGUUGCGCUCUGGCACGUGCACACCCUGCACGGCUCCGGCCCCAACCGUUCGGCCAUGGACCGGCGCUUCUACAUCAACGGCUAUGUCGUGGCCGCGAACUGCGACCGCGGCGAGUGGGCUUUCCGCGGCGGCCAGCCCUGCCCCCUGGAAGGCGAGCAGAGCCUGGUUCACUACGAAGAGCUCUACACCAACCCCGGCCCCAUGUUCGUGGACUAG